GGAAGUGACAGGUCGGCAGCGGUGUUGGCUUGCCUGUUGAUUUUGCCACGACGCCGUUGUAAACGUUUUCAGGCGAGCGAUCUCUCUGAAUAAAAGCUGUCUCGUCUGAUAUUGUUAGGCCGAUACAAGAAUCGAAAUGCUGACCAAGUUCGAGACCAAGUCGGCUCGCGUCAAGGGCCUGAGCUUCCACCCGAAGAGGCCGUGGAUUCUGGCGAGUCUCCACAACGGUGUCAUUCAGUUAUGGGACUACCGAAUGUGCACGCUGCUCGACAAAUUCGACGAGCACGACGGACCCGUGAGGGGCAUCUGCUUCCACAACCAACAGCCGCUGUUUGUUUCCGGCGGCGACGACUAUCAGAUCAAGGUCUGGAACUACAAGCAGCGGCGAUGCAUGUUCACGCUGCUAGGCCAUCUGGACUACAUUCGUACGACCACCUUCCACCACGAGUACCCGUGGAUCCUGAGCUCGUCGGACGACCAGACCAUCCGCGUGUGGAACUGGCAGUCGCGCACCUGCAUCUGCGUGCUCACGGGCCACACCCACUACGUCAUGUGCGCCCAGUUCCACCCGUCUGAAGACUUGAUGGUCUCGGCCUCACUCGACCAGACGAUCCGUGUCUGGGACUUGGGUGGUCUGCGAAAAAAGAAUGUGGCUCCAGGACCGGGGGGUCUAGACGACCACCUCAAAAACCCAGGACACACAGAUCUGUUUGGAACGUCGGACGCUGUCGUGCGACAUUUCCUAGAUGGUCACGAGCGAGGAGUCAACUGGGCUGUGUUCCAUCCCACCGCGCCCCUUGUGGUGUCAGGUGCUGAUGACCGGCAGAUUAAGCUCUGGCGUAUGAACGACUCCAAGGCCUGGGAAGUGGACACCUGCCGUGGCCACUACUGCAAUGUAUCCUGCGUUUUGUUCCACCCAAGGCAGGAGCUGAUCCUCAGCAACUCUGAGGACAAGAGCAUACGAGUGUGGGACAUGUCCAAGCGCACCUGCCUGCACACCUUCCGGCGCGAGCACGACCGUUUCUGGAUCCUGGCUAGCCACCCGAGCCUUAACCUCUUUGCGGCAGGACAUGAUUCGGGUAUGAUCCUGUUCAAGCUCGAGCGUGAGCGGCCUGCAUUUGCCUUGCACGGCAACCUGCUGUACUACUGCAAGGACCGUUUCCUUCGACGACUGGACCUGACCACCUCCAAGGACGUGGCCUACUUGCAGUUCCGUGGCGGUAGCCGCAGCCCCGUUUUCAGCAUGUCUUACAAUCCAGCGGAGAACGCCGUUCUGCUGAACACACGCACUGCGAACCCGGACAACAGCACGUAUGACCUGUGCAUGGUUCCGAAAGACUACGACCCCCAGAAUCCAGACAUGGUCGAGGGCAAGCGGUCCACCGGCCUCACUGCUGUCUGGGUGGCGCGCAAUCGUUUUGCCGUGCUCGAUCGCACCCACAAUAUUGUGAUCAAAAACAUGAAGAACGAGGUCAGCAAGAAAGUGCAGACGCCCAGCUGCGAUGAGAUCUUCUAUGCUGGCACAGGCAUGCUCCUGCUGCGCGAUUCCGACAGCUUGAUGCUGUUUGAUGUGACCCAAGGAAGGCAGCGUGCCUCAGUCAAGGCCAAGGCGAAGUACGUGGUGUGGAGUUCAGACAUGAGCCAUGUUGCCCUCCUGGCCAAGCACACCCUGACCAUCUGUAACCGCAACCUGGAGGUCCUCUGCAGCGUUCAAGAGAGCACUCGUGUCAAGAGUGGGGCGUGGGAUGACUCGGGCGUUUUCGUCUACACCACAUCCAACCACAUCAAGUACAGCCUGACCAACGGCGACCAUGGCAUAAUCCGCACCCUAGACUUGCCCAUCUACAUAACUCGUGUCAAGGACUCGAGUGUGUACUGCCUGGACCGCGAGUGCCGGCCCCGUGUCCUGGGCAUCGACCCCACUGAGUAUCGGUUCAAGCUUGCUCUGGUCAACCGAAAGUAUGAUGAGGUUCUGCACAUGGUGCGAAACGCCAAGCUGGUGGGCCAGUCCAUCAUAGCCUACCUGCAGAAGAAGGGCUACCCGGAGGUGGCGCUGCACUUCGUCAAGGACGAGAAGACGCGCUUCGCCCUCGCCCUGGAAUGCGGAAACAUCGAGGUUGCCUUGGAAGCAGCUCGCACUCUUGACGACAAGAAAUGCUGGGAAAAGCUGGGCGAAGCUGCUCUGAUGCAGGGAAAUCACCAGGUGGUCGAGAUGGCAUACCAGCGCACCAAGAAUUUCGACAAGCUGUCGUUCCUCUACCUGAUAACGGGCAACCUGGAGAAGCUUCGCAAGAUGCUCAAGAUUGCGGAGAUACGAAAGGACACGAGCGGGCAGUUCACCAACGCCCUCUACCUCGGCGAUGUGCAGGAGCGCAUCAAGAUUCUCAAGAAUUGUGGACAAACCUCCUUGGCCUAUUUGUGUGCUCGCACACAUGGACUCACAGAAGAGGCCGAGGCUCUCGCUCCUCUGGUUCCAAACGCAGAGUCCCACAGUGCCCCAGAUCCGAAUGCUCCGCUCCUCACGCCUCCCGUGCCGAUCCAGCCGUGCGAUGAGAACUGGCCUCUGCUGAGCGUCACCCGAGGCUUCUUUGACAGUGCAGCUACCACAAAGAAAACUGCCAUGGCUGCACCAGAUGUGGAAGUGGACGCUGAAGGUUGGGGUGAUGAUGCCGAACUUGCUCUGGACGAGGAAGGCGCAGCUGGCGAAAAGGAGCCGCUUGAAGCCGGCGAAGCUGGAGAAGGUGGUUGGGACGUGGAUGAGGACAUUGAGCUACCACCUGAGCUCGCUGAAGCGACGGGACCCGCUCCUGGUGCUGGGGACGAGGGCUAUUUCGUGGCCCCAACCAAGGGCGUCUCCCAAAGCCAGCAGUGGGUCAACAACUCGAAGCUCGCCGUCGACCACGUCUUGGCCGGGUCAUUCGAGUCUGCCUUCCGUCUGCUUCAUGACCAGGUCGGCGCAGUUGUCUUUGAGCCACUGCGACCACUUUUCAUGGCAACCUUCGCACGUUCCCGCACGGCGUUCCAAGGCUUGCCCGAGCUGCCCUGUCUGUACGGACAUCCUCUUCGGAACUGGAGGGAUGCCAGUUCCACCAAGAGCGCACUUCCGGCCAUCGGCUGCAAACUAUCAGACCUGCUGGACCGUCUGCAAGUGUGCUACCAGCUGACGACAUCUGGCAAGUUCUCAGAGGCUGUCGAGAAGUUCCGAGCCCUUCUGCUCUCGGUCCUCCUUUUGGCCGUCGACACGAGACAGGAGAUGGCGGAGGCCCAGCAGCUCAUAGAGGUGUGCCGCGAGUACAUCCUGGGUCUCUCCCUGGAGACCGAACGAAAGGCGCUUCCCAAGGAGACGUUGGACCAGCAGAAGCGGGCCUGUGAAAUGGCCGCGUACUUCACCCACUGCAACUUGCAGCCGGUCCACCAGAUCCUGACCCUCCGCACUGCGCUCAACCUUUUCUUCAAGUUGAAGAACUACAAGACAGCGGCAUCCUUCGGCAGGCGGCUUUUGGAACUGGGACCGCGCCCAGACGUGGCCUCACAGACCAGGAAGAUCCUCCAGGCUUGCGACAAGACGCCGACAGAUGCGCACGAAUUGCGGUAUGACGAGCACAACCCGUUUGCACUGUGCGGCAAGAGCUACGUUCCCAUCUACAGAGGAAAGCCAGAAGCUAAGUGCCCAUUGUGUGGAGCCAGCUACCUCCCAGAGUUCAAAGGCAUCGUGUGCGGUGUGUGUUCCGUGGCCGAGGUUGGCAAGGAUACCAUCGGCUUGCGCAUCAGUGCUCUGCAGUUCCGUUGAUCUUGUGUCGGGAUUCUUGUGGUGCUGCAACGUUUGUAUAGCUUCUGGCAGUGGAUUUAUUUUAUUUGUGAGAGACACUAUAUAAUAUUUUUUUCUUUCUUGCUGCUCUCCAUUCCAGUAAAUAAAAUACAGCUGCCGUGAGAACAAGA